CACUUCCGUCCAGAAUCCCGACGAGUUUAGUCUGUACCGGAAGUGCAUGGGCUGCCGAUGUGGUGUCUACUGACUGCAGUUCCAGUUACUCGCCCUUGUUUCCGUGGCUGGGUAUUUGCUUCGCACCAUGGCGCCCAAAGGCAAAGUGGGUACAAGAGGGAAGAAGCAGAUAUUUGAAGAGAACAAAGAAACUCUCAAGUUUUACCUUCGGAUCAUACUGGGAGCCAAUGCCAUCUACUGCCUUGUGACCUUGGUUUUCUUCUAUUCAUCUGCCUCAUUCUGGGCCUGGAUGGCCCUGGCCUUCAGCUUGGCCGUGUACGGGGCCAGCUACCACUCUAUGAGCUCAAUGGCUCGGGCAUCCUUCUCUGAGGAUGGGUCCUUGGUGGAUGGUGGCAUGGACCUCAACAUGGAGCAGGGCAUGGCAGAGCACCUUAAGGAUGUGAUCCUACUGACAGCCAUUGUUCAGGUGCUCAGCUGCUUCUCCCUCUACAUCUGGUCCUUCUGGCUUCUGGCUCCAGGCCGGGCCCUUUACCUCUUGUGGGUAAACGUGCUAGGCCCCUGGUUCACAGCAGACAGUGGAGCCCCAGCACCAGAGCUCAAUGAAAAACGACAACGCCGACAGGAACGGCGCCAGAUGAAAAGGUUAUAGCGUCUCUACUGUGGCCAUAGGCUGCUGGGUGCUGGUUGGCUCUAUUAGGAUGUGUGGCCCCAUGCCUGGAGCAGUGAGGGCCUAGUUUAAGGGCCAAAAGAAGCCUGAAUUAUAGGAUUACUAAAUAAAUAGUUUCGAAUGUGGCUAA